AUGUUCCAAACAAACACCCGCCGCCGGCGGCCGUCGUCCGUGGAGGAUCCAUGCCCGGUCCUCCCCGACGACGUCAUCGAGGACAUCUUGGCGCGGUUGCCGGCCAAGGCAGUGCACAGAUGCCGCUGCCUCUCUCGCACCUGGUCCGCCACGCUCGCCUCCGGCGACUUCGCCAACCUCCACCUCCGCCUCGCCAACCGCUACGGCGGCCCAAGGAUCCUCUUCGUGGAGAAGUGGGGCUCAACCUACCACAGCCGUCCGAAAGUGCAGGUGUGGUCGCCGGAUAACCCUGGUCGUACCACUCUGAUGGAGCUCCCCCAUACUCACGAUGUUGGCGGCCGCCCCACGGGCAACCUCCUCCCGCGCCUCGUCACGCAGCAGUGCCGUGGCCUCUUCAUCCUCCAAGCCGGAAGGACGCAGUACAUGCUCAACCCGUCUACCGGCAGGAUGGCAGCUCUCCUGGAGAGCCCGGACAAGGGCGACCACCGUAGCAGACACCUAGGGCUAGGCUACGACACGCGCACCAUGACGCACAAAGCUGUGCGCGUCUGCUGCCUCCCGGAAUCCGUGAAAUACGAGGUCUAUGAGAUCAACUCCGUCCCAGCGCUUUGGAGGCCGGCCAAGGGUUGUGCUCCAGAGAAACCACCGCUGGACUGGGUAGACAACCGCUACGACCUGAGCGUCUUUACGCAAGGGCACGUGUAUUGGUUGGCCAGGCAUAAGCUUGCCUCUCAGUCGGAAGACAUGUUCGUCUUCUUCUUCAACCUCGACAAUGAGACGUUUGGAUCCAUGCCGUCGUUGCCGUCAUUCGUCAUGGAUAGAGGAUGCAGUCACCAUCGCUACAGCUUGACUGGGUUUGGCGGACGCCUGUGCAUCUUUCACACCGAGAUGAUUUGCUUGACGCCUUGUCGACACAACGUCUGGCUGCUGAAAGACCAUGCUACCGGUGUCUGGGAUCUACACUGUCAAAUCAAUGUGUAUUCCCUGCCCUUGAAGGUUUCCAAUUUAUUGUACUCCGGGUGGAUGGGGAUACUCGCCGUUGUCGACGAUGGUCACCGCAUCGUCAUACGACCAAGCAACUACAUCGAUCUAAGCUUCAAGAUGUGUGCAUACAUCCCCGUGAUCGAUGACAUGGACAACCUUCUAGGUGGAAGCAGCGGCUUGGUCUCUAUUGAUAGCAUGAUUUCACAACAGGCUGCAUUGUACGAGGAAAGCAUCGCCUCCCCCGGAGAGCCACUAGCCACCUACAAGUUUAUAGAUCGUGUCUUGAUUCUCUUGAAGUAA